AUGGAAGGAGAAAAUUGCUCAGUUUCCCAUGGGAAUAGCAUUAUGAAAGGAAAUCAAAAUACCAUUGCAGAUAUUUUAAGUCAUUACCACAAAUCAGGUGAUUUUUCUACAUCUUUUAUAUCAGAAGUUGUUGAAAAAUUGAAUGGAAAAGGAUAUUAUAGAAUUGCUAUAGAUUUUAUUCAUAAAGAAAGACAAAGACGUUUAGAAUUGAAAGAAAAAUUCUAUUUAUUCAGCUUGGAAUUACAAGUACAUUUAAAAACUAGUUCCUUGGAGAAGGCAAGUGCUUUACUCGAAGAUGCUAUAAGAUUAGCAAAAUCUACAGAUGUCACUCUAAAGCAGACAAACUCCUUUUGCAAAGUUUUGUUUUCUUACGCUGAUCGUUUAUUCAAAUCACAAUCUUUCAUGCAAUCUUUAACAUGGUAUAAAAAAUUCCUGAAAUUUGUUGAAACAACGAGAAUAAGUGGUGCGGCUAUAACUUUCUUGAAGCAAAGAAUUUGCUUGUGCUAUUUGGAAAUGAAUGAAGGACAACUGGCUAAACAAAUGUUUAUGAAAAUCGAAUGCCCUAAUUCAAACACAGAUUUUCUCCAUCUAUAUUUGGGACUUCAAAUAGCAAUAAUGUGCGAAGACCAAGAACUGGCUGAUAUAGCAUUAAAAUACACUGGUGGCUACGAUCAUUCACUGGAAGAGGUUCUUCUGGCUUGCUGCAGAAAAGCAUUAUCUAUUGGAAAAACAGCUUUCAUUUGCAAGAUCUUAGAAUUACUGAUUGAAAAAUUCAACGUCAACGAAGGAAGCCUUUCUCAUCUCAAACUGUCUCAAAUUCUUAUAAAGCUCUAUCUUGGCUCAACAGAAAUGAUGGAAGAGCAAGAAAAAAUCAUAAUUUGCUUGAGGAAAGCCUUGGAAAUUUCUGAACAUGUUGAGAAAGGAAAUGCGACUGAAGACAUGAUGGAAUGGUUUUGUAGAGUAGCUUGGAAUAUGGCUCUGAAAGAAGGCACUAAAGUCAAAAACGUCUUUGAAUUUUUUUAUAUUUGCUGUCAGUUUCUUGAGAAACUAAAAGGUUCAUAUGUGCGUCUUAAAAAUGCCCUCAUUUUUGUAAUAGCAGCUGGAAUUCAAACUCUACGAGAAAAUAGCAAGUCAGAAGGCAUGGAAGAAGAAAGCAAAGAUAUUUCCAGGAAGAUUUUAUCAUCUAUAGAUAUAUGCAGAAAUAUUGAAAAGGACAACACCAGGAUUCUUUCUUUGUUGCAUGUCUACGAAUUUGAAACCAGACUCCUGAUGGAAGAUCCUUCAGCAGAAAGUAUUCUGAGAAGGAUGUUGCAAAUGCCUUUUGUCGAUGCUGAAGCACUGCAAUUAGUGGCGUCGAUAGCUUACGAAGAUUCUUCAAACAACUUUAAAUUAGUUACAAUAGCCUUGGAAGGAGCCAUAAAUAAAACUGAUCAGACUGAUAGUCGAAUCGGUCAAUUAUAUCAUUCAUUAUUACAGGUUUUGUUCUUUACGCAAGAAUAUGUAACGUCCUCUGUUGAAGAACAGACUAUGAAUGUUUGCAAAACUGUCUUAAAAAGACUAGAAGAAGAUGAUAGCUUUCAAGAAUAUCCGGAGAUGAAGGUUUUAUGGCUAAUGACUAAGUGCUGGAAUUGGGGCGUACACAAGCUGUCUGCUGGAAAUCCAACGAGCGGUCACGAAUGGUGCACCUUGGCGAUGAAACUUCUGCAAAAAUUGAAAGGGCUCAAAGGGUUACACGAGGAAAAAUUACAGGCACUCUUCUCCUCUUAUUUUGGAACUCAAGACGUGCCAUGGGAGCAGUGCCCCUGGUCAAGUUCUGAUAGACCACGGGUUCUCACGUAUGAUUGCAACAAAAACACAGGCCAUGGGAGCAGUGCCCCUGGUCAAGUUCUGAUAGAGCACGGGUUCUCAAGUAUGAUUGCAACAAAAACACAGGCCAUGGGGGCAGUGCCCCUGGUCAAGUUCUGA